CGCAGCCCCCAUGACCCCCCCUCGGCGGCAGAGGCCCCCGGCGGGCAGGAGGAAGCCAAGGCCGGCGACCCCAAGAAGGAGGAGGAAGAGGAGGAGGAGAUCGACAUCGACCUGAGCGCGCCCGAGACGGAGCGCGCGGCUCUCGCCAUCCAGGGGAAAUUCCGCAAAUUCCAGAAGAGGAAGAAGGAGUCGGGGCCCUGAGGGGGGGUCCCGAGACCCCCAACCCGUGCGGGGGCAAUCUUUCCCCCCCCCCCGUGGGGAGGGUCCCGCCCUGACCCCGCCGCGCGACGGCGCCGGGGAGGGGGCUCGAGGCUUCCCGGGACCCCCCCCGGGUGACACGGGGGGUCCCUGGGGGGGCAC